AUGAACUGUCGACUGUUCCACGGGCGCCUAUUAUUUCGGAAAAAUGCGUGCCACUUUUCGCGUGCCGUGCGCAAUUCAGUGCGUCUUAAGUUGAGAACGUCAUCCAUCACCCGCACAGGAGUCUUCAACAGUGUGGAAACAAUCGAGUGCGAUGAGUCAAAAGUCUCGACAACAAUUUCGAGACUAUAUUGUACCUCACCCCCGGAAGCAUUCGACUAUCACUCCAUUGCGGAUUCUACUCUAGAAAAUAUUCAGGAUGUUUUGGAAGAUCUCGUCGAAUCAGAUAUGACAGAACUUGGAGCAUCGAGCGACAUUACAUUCUCAGAUGGAGUUUUAACUGCAAGACUCGGUCGCUUCGGAACUUAUGUUAUCAAUAAGCAGUCUCCUAAUCGGCAAAUCUGGCUCUCAAGUCCUAAAAGUGGGCCUAAACGUUACGACUACGUGAAUGGUCGCUGGAUCUAUUUGCAUGAUGGCGUUGAACUGUACAUUCUCUUGAGUGAGGAGUUAUCGGAAGUGUUUGGGAAACGUGUAGUGUUAAGUGAUUAA